AUGAGAGUACUUCUAACAGAAGAAAAAGUGGAUAUCCCAGAAGGAUGCACAGUCACACAGAAGAACAAGAUAAUAACUGUAUCUGGACCAAAGGGCACGGAGCUUCUAGAUAUAUCACAUAUGCUGCUUUCCGUGGACAUUGAAGAGAACGAGGUCUUUGUUCGCCUGUGGUCUGCCAGGAAGAAGGAAACCCCGAUCGUAAGAACUUGCGCCAGUCUUAUAAACAACCUUGUAAUCGGAUGCACGAAGGGAUUCUCUUACAAAAUGAAGGCUAUCUACAAGCACUUCCCCAUUACCAUGCUGGUGGAGGACUCUGGAAAGACCGUCAUUAUUAAGAACUUCCUGGGGAGCAAGUGCGACAGAAUCAUAAAAAUGAGAGGAAGCGCAGUUGCAAAGCUUUCUUCGGAGAAGGACUAUUUGCUCAUUGAAGGGCCCAACAUCCAGACAGUCUCUCAGUCAGCUGCCAACAUCUCGCAGAAGUGCGUUCCCAAGAAGAAGGACCUCAGAGUGUUCUUGGACGGAACUUUUGUCGUUGCAAAGGGAACCAUGGAAGCGUAG